GUUUUCAACUUCAACCCGGUGGCCGUGGUGGUGCCGCGGGGGGGGGCCGGGGCCCGGGGCGACCAGGACAUGACCAAGCUGUGCAACCACCGCCGGAAAACCGUCGCCAUGGCCACCCUGUACCACAGCAUGGAGAGCACCGUGUCCCUGGGCCUGCCGCGCCUAGGCCCAGGGGCCGGGCUGAGCCAGACGUACCACUCGGGCAUCGCCAGCCGCCAGCAGCCAGCGCCUUUCGGCAGAGCGCCCGGCCCGGAGGCCGAGGGUCCCGGCAAGCCCCAGCCCGUGGAGAAGGCCCCAGCGGAUCCCUGCCCGGCCUGCCCCGGAGACCGGCCCAGCAGCACCCGGCCCAGCCAGGCCUCAUCCUUCCCACGUCACCACAGCGCCCUCUUCGGGGACGUCUUCCCGGGCAGGACGCCCUGCGCCAGCUCCUCCAACGGCGCCUACCUGGGGCGCCCGGCCUUCCCCCUGCCGAGCUUUGGGCUGGACUCCCUGGACGCGGCCCCCCGGCCCUUCCCCCCACCGGACGAGAUGGGGCCACCUGCUGCCCCCAGCCCGCAGGGGAAGCCUCCGGUCCCCGCCACGCCGCCCCCCGAGGGGGCCCCCGCCUGGAGCAGCCGUGCCUGCCCGCUGCCCGCAGGCGCCUCCCUCGGCAGGCUGGCAGCCUCCACCGUGCUUUCCUCCGUCUCGUUGCCAGGGGGCAAUGCCGAGCUGUCCCCCCAGUGCUCCCGCCCCUCCUCCGCCUCCUCGGAGCCCGGGGGGCCCCCGCUGGGCCCCCGGCCCCCUGCAGGGGCCCUCCAGCCCUGCAAGGACGAGGCGCCCCCCAGCAAUGCCUUAGCCAACCAAAGCAGCAAUAACCCACCAGUGCCCUUAGGCGCCGUGCCCGAGGGCAAGGGGCCGCCUGGCUUCCUGGGCCUGCCCCUGAGCCAGCUGCUUCAGCAGCCGGGCGCCCCCUCCUUCCCCGCCAGCAGCUUGCUGAGCGCGGCCGCCAAGGCCCAGCUAGCCAGCCAGCGGCGCGCCGACGAGCCCCCCUCUAGCACUUUACCCGGGCGCGUGCUGGGCUCCAACGUGCUGCUGUCCGUGGUGGGCGGGCGGGCGCUGCCCAAGCCCCGGCGCCAGCGCCGCGCGCCCACCGUGCUGCGCCUGCUGAAGGACUCGCAGCAGGGCCCGGCCGGCCCAGAGGAGGCCCCCGCCCACCGGGCCUGGCCCAGAGAGCAGCCCCCCCGGCCGCCCCCGGGGGGCGCCCCACCGCCCGGAGAGGCCAAGGGCAGCCCCCUGGCCCCCAGCCAGCCGCUGUCGUCCCUGCUGAGCCUGCUGGGUGCCCAGCCCCCCGGCCUGCCCCCACUGCCCCUGGGCGACAGCCCCCCCGGCCUCCUGCCCUCCUUCCAGGACUUCAACAGCCAACUCCUCAGCCUCUUCAGCCAGCUGGCCUCGGCCUCCUCCGACCUGGCCUCAGGGAGCCCCCCCCCGCCCAAAGCAGAGCGGGGUUGGGUGGCGGGAGAGCUGCGGCACGUGCUGGGGGGCAGCACCCACCGGUCCCCUCUGACCCAGCCCUUCUCCCUUGCAGGUGCCACCGUCUCGCCAGCCACCACCAAAGCAGCCUCGGGCUCCGGCCCCAGCAGCGGCGCCGGGGAGGGCAGCCCAGGGGGCCAGCGGGGCCUGCCACCCCCGGCCCCCGAGCCCUUCCCCUUCCUGGGCCAGGAGCAGGUGCUGCCCUUCCUCGGCUCCCUGCCCCCUGGCCUCCUCCAGGGCGGCUUCCUCGGCUCCUUGCCCUUCUCCCUGGCCCUGAGCCAGCCGCAGCUGCUGGGCUGCCCGGGGCAGGGGGAGGCACCGCUGCCCGGCCUGGGCCUGCCGGGCGAGCCCGAGGGGCAGGUGCUGCAGACCCUGCUCAUGGCCUCGCUGCUGCAGAGCCAGCCUCAGUCGCCCCUGCUGCCCCUGGGGGGCCUCGGCCUGCCCGGCCUGGACCUGCUCCAGCAGCCCGGCGGCCUCCUCCCGGCCCUGCUGCCCCUGCCCGACCCGCCCUGCCAGGGGGACCUCCCGGACGGGCCCCUGCAGCCCCUGCUCUUCCCGGCGCUGCCCGCCUCGCCCGCCGUCAUAGCUUUAAACUCGGCUCUGCUGGCUGCCGGCCUGGCUGCCUCCGAGGCCCAGGUAAGGCCGGGCCCCAGGGUGGGGGGCGGCGGGCGUCAUCCCAGCCCUGCUCUCUCGGACCUGACGCUACGUUCUGCCCCCCAGCCUGGCGUCGCCGGCUCCCCCAUGGCACCUACCUCGACCGGCACGACGCCCACGACUACUGAGGCCCCCGAGGCCCCUGGCGCCUUCGGCAGCGCCCCGGUGCCCCCCAGCUCCUCCGGGAGACUCCACCCGCUGCUGCCCCCACUGGUCAGCCCGCUGCUGAGUGCUGCGCUGCUGGGUGACCUGUCGGCGCUGAGCCCCCUGGGGGCUGCCGGGAGCCCCCUGCUCCAGAGCCAGCCGCCGCUGCUGCCUCCUGCCCUGCCAGCGCCCCUGGGCUUCCAGCUCUUCCAGGGCCAGCCCCCCGUCCUGAGCCCCCUGGGCAGCUCCAGCCCCCUAG